GCCACUUACACCAAGCUCUGACGAAUUUCGCCCAAUUCUCAUCCACCCACAAUGUACGGACUCAAGCAUAUCUCGUUCCUGGGUUUGGCCCUCGCCAUGGCUACAGGCAGUGUAGCAACAGGGACAGCCACUGUCGGCUUUGAAACGGCUGAUACAACUUUUCACGUCGAGAACAUCCCACUAAAAAGUUGUUUCGAUGUCCACGCAGAAGACAUCACAGCCGUCUACGUUUCCGAACAUUGCCGAGUCUUCAUGGGUCGCGAUUGUACUCAUCGACAAGUCCUUCUUGCCCCCGGCAGACACGAAUCCUCAGUAACUAUUCCCGUCAUUGACAGCGUUUGGUGCGAGUCGCGCGGCCCAUUCCAAAUGUCCUAAGCACGUCACAGGGCCAUGGGGACAGAAAGAAAUUGGAAAGAAACACAGUGUCCGGGGCGUUAUUGGUGUACAACAGACAACAAAUACAAGCGUUACGCUUCUUAGCAAUUAUAAUCGGCGUUCAUGUCUCUCAAUUUUAUCAUGGUUGGUACCAUCUCUUUUGGCCAUAGAUACUGCACAUAUCAUUCCCUAUGCAUAGAUCUCUUUAUCAAGGCAUUGCGAGAUGUUCCUUCAAACGCUAUGCAUA